AAUCUAGUAUUAUAAAUAUGAAGUCACUAGGGUCAGUUUUUUCCAGUUUUUUUUUGUUUUUGUGGCAGGCACCAAGCUUCUGAGCAUACACAUAGUCCCAUACUCUGUCAAAGUAUGCUGCAAAUACUUUGCCAUGUUUCAGAUUGUUAUUUUUAAUAUAACGUAGCAGCUACAUUUGUUACUUUUAUUAGAACUAGAAGCUUCUUCCAAAAUAAGAUUUGGAAUGAGAGUUUCUGAAGUUUUCUGUUUCUUCUUGUCUACCCGUCCAAUCUUUCUUCAGGUGAUUACGUUUUAGAAAUUAUCAAAUACUGAAUCAUCCAUACAUUUUUUUUUUCUGUUUAAUGUAGGCUAUCAGCGUCUUGUUAGAGAGUGCUUGGGUCUUCCUUCCUCUUAAUCUUGGGUGUGGGCUGACUCAUCCCUGGAAUUAUGAAAUAUGAUUUUCUUGCUAUUUGUGAUUAGGGUUUUUUCCUAAAUCAAUGUGAGCAGCCUUUGGAACAAACCAUUUUUUGGCAGCUAUUGGAUCAUAUUGGACCCUGCCUCUGAAUUUUGGCAAUAUAUUUGUAAAAAAUGAAUGCUAUAAUUUCCCACUAUUUUGAGGCAGGUAUUACAAAAAUACCUGCAUUACGGGCCCAAAGUAAGAUUAACAAUUUUUUAAAAAGAAAAUGUUUCAAUUCCGUCACCCAGUUUCCCUCCCCCAAUAUUGCCUAUGUGCCUAAUGCAGUUUUACUUACUUUGUUUCAUAGUUUCUUCCUUAAAAAAGUGGAAAGUAUAAUGAGUUGCAUUAAAAUUACAACUGCUUUUUCUAGCUGACUGCCUAAAAACUUUUAGAGAGAAAAAAUAACAAUAAAAACUAGAAUAAUGUGGCUGCAUAAGUGUUCAUGCCAUAUUAUAGAUAGGUAUGUGGCUGUGGUCAAAGUUAACCAGUCACAUUCAAAAUGAUGGUAAAUAGUAAGUCAAUACACCCCUGCCAUCAAUUACAGUGACUGACCAAGCUCAUAUAAAGUUCAAUCGUUUUAGUAGGAUUUUUAUGACAUUUAACUCAGUUGCCCAUUAUAGCAGCAGCCAUGGUUGCAAAGAGCUUACAAAGCAUCAAGGGGAUCUCAUUAGAUGAUAUCAGUCAGGAGAAGGGCACAAAUAUUUUCCAAGGUAUUGGCUACACCAUGGAGCACAAUGAAGACAGUCACUAACAAGUGGAGAAAAUGUAACAUAACAUAGAUGUUACCAAGAACUUAAUGUCCCUCCAAAAUUAUUGACAAAGUAAGAAGAAAACUGGUCCAAAGGGCUGCUAAGAGGACUACAGCAACUUUAAAGGAGAUUGCAGGAAUUUCUGCAAUUUGUGUAAUACAUGUGAAAAUAAUCUCCAGUAUGCUUCCUUUGUCUGGGCUGUGGGUUAGGGUGGCAAAACAGACACUUACAAAGAAAACAUUUAAAUUCAGUUACAUUUUGCAAAACCCUACAUCAAAUUUGACAAAGGCAUGUGAGCAAAAGUGUUAUGAUGAGACAAAGGUUGAAUUUUUUUGGCCAUAAUUCCAAAAAGUAUGACAUAUAAACAACAUUGUGCAAAGUACACCAUACCCACAGUGAUGUAUGAUGGUGGCAACAUUAUGCUUUGCAGCUGCUUUUCUUCACCUGGAACUGGAACUUUAAUCAAGGUGAAGGGAAUUAUGAACAGUUCCAAAUAUCAGUGAAUUUUGGCACAAAACCUUCAGGCCUCUACUAAAAUGCUGAAAAUGAAGAGGAAUUUCACUUUUCAACUCAACACCAACUCAAAGCAUACUAUCAAAUCAAUAAAAGAAUUACUUCAUCAGAAGAAAAUUAAAGUUUUGGAAUAACCCAGCCAGAACUCGGACCUAAAUCCAAUUGAAAAUCAGUGGAGUGAUCUGGAGGGGGCUGUGUACAGGAGAUAUCCUCACAAUUUGACAGAUUUGGAGUCUUUUUCAAGGAAGAGAGAGAUCAUUACAACUGUAAACCUACUGAAGUAAAAUAUGGAAUGGAUCUCGCUGGUGACUGAAUUGAGCCAAACAAACAGUAUUGACAGUAGCUUGAAAAUCACCAGUUAGCAGUUUCUUCACGCUCCAGUACCACACAGCACUUUCCAGAGAGAACUCAUUGUGUGCACAAAAUCAGCUUUUAAAUCUGCUCACUACCUUUCAGCUUUGUCUAAUUAAAAUAGUUUUAAACAGGAACCCUAACUACAAGAGCACUUGGAGAAAAAUGGCAUUGGAAGAAUAUUUGUGGAUGGUCAUUGCAGGUUUUAUCAUUGCUUUUAUCUUGGCAUUUUCAGUUGGAGCAAAUGAUGUUGCCAAUUCUUUUGGUACUGCUGUGGGUUCUGGUGUAGUUACUUUGCGCCAAGCCUGCAUCCUCGCUUCAAUUUUUGAAACUACUGGUUCUGUAUUGCUAGGAGCAAAAGUAGGUGAAACUAUUCGUAAAGGUAUAAUUGAUGUGAACUUGUAUGACAACUCAACAGGUCUACUUAUGGCUGGAGAAGUCAGUGCAAUGGCUGGAUCUGCUGUUUGGCAGCUGAUAGCAUCAUUUUUGAAGCUUCCAAUAUCUGGAACUCAUUGUAUAGUGGGUUCAACCAUUGGUUUCUCAUUAGUUGCAAUUGGCACACAAGGAGUCCAGUGGAUGGAACUUGUCAAGAUUGUUGCUUCCUGGUUUAUCUCCCCACUACUAUCUGGUAUGAUGUCUGGUGCGCUGUUUCUUUUGAUCAGAUUUUUCAUCUUAAAUAAGGAAGAUCCAGUACCAAAUGGUCUCCGUGCUCUUCCAGUAUUCUAUGCUGCUACAAUAACUAUUAAUGUGUUCUCCAUAAUGUAUACAGGUGCUCCAGUCCUUGGAAUUACACUUCCUCUAUGGGCAAUAGCACUGAUAUCAAUUGGUGUGUCAAUUGUAUUUGCUGCCUUAGUAUGGAUAUUUGUAUGUCCAUGGAUGAAAAGAAAAAUAGCAAGUCGUUUAAAGAAGGAAAGUGCACUAUCAAAAAUAUCUGACGAAAGCAUUGACAAAAUUCAAGAAGAGGAUAUGCCUGUCUUUAAAGAACUUCCUGGUGUAAAAGAAAGUGAUGAAAGUACUAUUCCCCUGACUAGCUGUGGAACAGAAGAUGCUGGCGUAUCAGAUAAUAUAGCAAAUGGUAGUCAUCCACGUGUACCAUAUGGAAGGGCAUUUUCAAUGACUCACAGUAUGGUGAAAUCACCUGUCUCCAAUGGUACAUUUAAUUUUGAUGGCCACAUGAAGAGUGACAUCCAUGUGUACCACACCGUGCACAAAGACUCAGGAUUAUACAAAGACUUACUGCACAAAAUACAUCUAGAUAGAGGGAAUGAAGAUAGGCCUUCGCAAGAAAAUAACUAUAAGUUAUUGCGGCGCAACAAUAGCUACACUUGUUACACAGCUGCCAUAUGUGGGAUGCCUGUGCAUUCUUCCUUCAAGGCUGCUGACAUGUCAACUCCAGAAGACAGUGAAAAGCUAGUUACGGACACGGUAUCUUACUCCAAAAAGAGGGUUCGCUAUGACAGCUACUCCAGCUAUUGCAAUGCUGUAGCUGAAGCAGAAAUUGAAGCAGAGGAAGGUGGUGUAGAGAUGAAAUUGGCAUCAGAAUUAGUAGAUCCUAAUAAUCCCAAUGAAGAUACUGCAGAAGAAGAGAGAGAUGAACGGGACACUUCAGAGGUCCAUCUGCUUUUUCACUUCCUCCAAAUCCUGACAGCUUGCUUUGGGUCUUUUGCUCAUGGAGGUAAUGAUGUCAGCAAUGCUAUAGGCCCUUUGGUUGCCCUCUGGCUUAUAUAUGAUCAGGGUGGUGUAAUGCAAGAUUCUCCUACUCCUGUUUGGCUGCUACUGUAUGGAGGCAUUGGCAUCUGUGUAGGACUCUGGGUCUGGGGACGAAGAGUGAUCCAAACAAUGGGAAAAGACCUCACACCUAUCACACCAUCAAGUGGUUUCACUAUUGAGUUGGCUUCGGCGUUCACAGUUGUGAUAGCUUCCAAUGUUGGACUUCCUGUCAGUACUACACACUGCAAGGUUGGUUCUGUGGUAGCUGUUGGUUGGAUACGAUCCAAGAAGGCUGUUGACUGGCAUCUCUUCCGCAAUAUCUUUCUAGCUUGGUUUGUGACUGUUCCUGUAGCUGGCUUAUUCAGUGCUGGCAUUAUGGCAAUCUUAAUGUAUGGAAUAUUACCAUAUGUCUGAUACAUCAUUGUUCUUUCCAGAAAAAAGGGAGUAUCUCUUUUAAGUCUCGUUCUCAGAAUGCAGAACUCCCUGAUCAACUAUACAGUAAGAGAUAGUCUGCAAGUCAUUUAUCCUCAGUAUCUAACAUCUACUGUACAUACUAUGAGUAUCUUUGGUGCCAUUUCUUCUGUACAAUGUGUGUGUGUGUGUGUGUCUAUGUCUGUAUAUAGACACGCACCCAUAUACAUACACGCUUGUAGUUGAUAAUACAACCUUAAGUUAUAAGUGAGAUGAAAAUAAUUGCCUAGAACUUAAUCUAUAGUAAAAUUUGUAUAUAAUGUAUCAUUUAGUGGUGAUUUUUAAACCCAUUAGAGAAGUUGGGACAUUUGUCAAUAUAAUAAUAUAUGAUGAAGCAAAAUGUAAACUGAGUAAGAUUCUUUUUUGAAAAAAAGUUUAAUGAUACUGAAACAAAAUAGUAUGAAAGUACAUUGGUAAAAUGUGGUUCAUAUCAUAUUGUUGUGUAUAAUACUGUAUGCACAUUGAUUUUAUAAAUACUUCUAAAAUGUAGCUUUUUAAUGUUGCAUUUCCCUUAUAUAUUUUGGAUAAGAAAGUUUAGACAGUACCAAAGAAGGGGAAUAGCUUGACAGUAUUAUACUGUUUGUCAGUAUGUGUAUUUGCUAUUGCUCUCCUUCCCGAAAUAUUUUAAUUAGCAUUCUUUUCUACUCAUCAAACACCAGCAAUGCCAAGAUAAUAUUAAUAUUUUCCUGUAAGUAAGAAAGCAUCAUAUUGUUGCAGUUACCUAUUACCCACUUGCAUUUAUUUUUUUAGAAAUCCAACUCUGCUUUUAUAUAUGAUGAGUUCAAAUUUCUUUUAAAAGAUGUUUGCCAUCACUUGUAAGUGAUUCUCAUUCUGGUUCAUUACCAUCAAUCUAAUGAACAAGUUCAGGAAAAGAAAGAUGAAACUGAAAUUCUGCCUUGUUUCUAUGAUUACAUUCAGUAAAUCUUAUCUAUGCAGUGGAAUUGAGCAAUACUGGCAGUGUGCACAGAAGUUGUGACAUUUCAGUAUCUAAAGAAAAAGGGAAUUACUCAAGUAAGACAUGUUUGACUGUUAAAAUUGGCACUGUGGAGAGCUUUUAAUAUCAAUUCUAACUCCAAGAAGCAUUUGGAAGGAUUAGUUCUGAUACUAAAAGUUGGUGAAGUGAAAUCUGCUGCAGUGUCAUUUUUGUCCUUUGAUAACAUCUCAUUGCAGCAGUCAUCUCGGCCAACUAGUGCUGGCAUCCACAGCAUGUUGUUCAUUAGAACACAGGAUGUCAACAAAGAGUGAAAAGAUUGAUAAUGCUGCAGUUCCCGCAUUGCUAAGAUAAUUUAACAGGUUGUAUGAGAAAUUAGUUUUUACUGUUUGAGGAAUUAUUUUAGUUUGCCAGUCUUGUGUGUUUUAUAAAAUGAAGAUAUUAGUAGAUAAAUCUAUCAAAAAAGCUGCAAAUUGAUGUAAUUCAUUGUCUAUGCAUCUAAUAAGGUGUUUUCUAAGUAGCAGUUAAGAGACAAUAUUUGGUGUCCUUUUACUGCAAUGGAACUCUGAAGCAUUAGCAUUUGAGAAGUUCUCUGGCAUUAAUCUCAAUGUUUGUACAACUCUUGUGUUUUUUUCCCCAGAAGAUUGCUCUUUCGUUUAAAACUUAUUACUGUAGUUGUAUUUACUGGAAAGAAUUUGAGGAAGCAUUGUUUGAAGUAUGUUGGGAGCCCAGAACUGUUGAAAUGCUGCUAAAAUUUUGAUAUAUGAGCUUUCUUGGUACUCCAUUGUCAUCCUUUUUCAUUGGUCAUUCACUCUAAAUUUAUAAUAAAAGAAUAAAUUGCCUUCA